AUGAUCACCCUCCUAACAGCGGUCGGCACUGUCCCGACCAUUAUUGGCACAACGCAGGCGAUCGAGCACGGGCAGCGUCAGAAUACGAGAAAACAGCACCGCGGGCGCAGAAGUAACCUGGCCGUCACCCUCGAGCGCAAAGGCCCGUACAGUACCCUUUUUGAAGGCGCCAAAGUCGUACUGAGGGCCAACAAGCUGUACGUGGAGGCAGUUCCCGAUGCACACGCAGGUAACCAAGAUCAAACCACGCAAGGUCCUAGCAUCGCCUCAGACAAGGACACAGAAGCACAGCAGAACACCAACGGCCACCUGUUCUCGGGCUUUUACCUACCACAUCCCGUUCUCCAGGAGCAGUGGGCGCGCGAGGGCCUCAAGGGCGAGGGUCUGGUCUCGACAAUCCGUGACGAUCCCCCUGACCUCAACUGGAUUUACGUGGACCGCGAUACGUUCGAGGUCAAGUAUGGCUCGCGCGCCGAGUCCGCGGGCCACCUGCUCGGGCCAUGGGACUGCACUGUGCGCGAGCGGCGCGUCACCUUCGAAGGGUGGGAGGGCUUCCUCGCUGUGGAGGACGAGCCAGAGGCACACCCCGGCGCGUGGGCGCUGUACUUCGACCGGAACAAUUAUGGCCUUCAGGGCCGGGCAGUGCGGAGCGUUGCGGUGUUGCUUUGUCGGCGGGAGCCACUGAGGAGCCGCGGUUUAAGGGACGAGGAGGCUGGGAGGGGACAACGGACACAUGAAAACGAGUAG